GAUGAGCUGUUGUGGGGUGCUGCCUGGCUGCACAAGGCUACCAAGAAUCCAAUGUACCUAAACUACAUUCAAGUUAAUGGCCAGAUCCUUGGGGCUGCAGAGUUUGACAACACCUUUGGGUGGGAUAACAAACACGCUGGAGCAAGAAUACUUCUUUCCAAGGAAUUCCUGGUUCAAAGGGUACAAUCCCUCCAUGAUUACAAGGGCCAUGCGGACAAUUUCGUUUGUUCUCUAAUUCCUGGGUCCUCUUUCUCUUCUACCCAGUAUACCCCAGGUGGGCUUCUUUUCAAGAUGAGUGAUAGCAACAUGCAGUAUGUCACAUCCACCUCCUUCCUACUGUUAACAUAUGCCAAAUACUUGACCUCAGCCCAUAUGGUUGUUAACUGUGGUGGAAUUACAGUAACCCCAAAGAGACUCCGGACAAUAGCUAAGAAACAGGUGGAUUACUUGCUUGGAGACAACCCCUUAAAGAUGUCGUACAUGGUGGGGUAUGGUCCAAGGUACCCAAGAAGAAUACACCACAGGGGCUCAUCUCUACCGUCGAUUGCUGUACACCCUGGAAAGAUCCAGUGUUCUGCAGGGUUCAGUGUGAUGAAUUCACAAUCCCCCAACCCAAACAUCCUGGUGGGGGCUAUUGUUGGUGGCCCGGACCAACAUGAUAGGUUCCCAGACGAACGGUCAGAUUAUGAGCAAUCAGAGCCAGCCACAUACAUUAACUCACCCCUUGUAGGAGCACUGGCGUAUCUUGCUCACUCAUUUGGUCAACUCUAG